CACCACGUUUGAUCAUUUCGCAUUUGUUCUCCGUCGCGAUCGGUUUGGCACAUUAUUCGGUGGGAUCCCAAUCCAAGUCGAAAAACACGCGCGCUCGAUCGUACGUUCGUUUAUUGGGCUUGUGGUCAUCCGCGAGAAGAAUCACUGCACAGCUGCACACCUUUCUGGAGGUCACACGCUUCUACGUUUCCAUUCGGGUGCAUAAUUACCAACAAAAACCAGUGAAAUAAACCAACUUGCAAAUCUGCGGCAAGGAUGGCAGCGCUCAAAUUUGACGAAAACAAAGUGCCCUACAUCGACCUGGGCAAGGACUACGUCGUGCGGCUCGAGAACGGUGAGUUCACCGAUGCCAAGUCCAAGGAAAAGGCCGCACGCGAGCUGCGAGAAACGCCCGAAGUUGUCGCGGAGGCGCUCAAGGAGCUGAGGGGCAUGCUUCAAGCGGAAAAAUCCCUGUACAUCCCCGUCGACGAUGACUCUUUUCUAAUGAAGUUCCUGCGACCGUGCAAAUUCUACCCGGCCAGUGCGUUUGGUCUGAUUCAACGCUACUACCGCUUCAAACUGAAACACCCAGAUGCGUGCGAAGAGCUGCUACCAUCGACGGUGCAGCACGUGUACGAUGAGGAUCUGCUGCACUUUCAGCCACAGCGCGAUCAGAACGGUUGCCGGAUCCUAAUAAUGCAAGUUGGCAAAAAAUGGAAACCCUCGAAAGUGGCCUUGAACGACUUGUUCCGCGCGCUGCAGGUCGCCAUGGAGGCGGGCAUGACCGAGCCCAGGACGCAGCUGAACGGUGUUGUCGUCAUUUUCGACAUGGACGGACUGUCGUUGUCGCACAUUCUUCAAUUUACGCCCCGUUUUGCGGCCAUGGCCGUCAACUGGGUUCAGGAGUGUACGGCCAUCCGGCUCAAAGCGGUCCACAUCGUGAACAAUUCCUACCUGUUCAAUAUGCUGUUCACCAUCUUCAAGCCAUUCCUGUCGGAGAAGCUGCGGAAAAGGAUUAUAUUCCACUCCAAGGACUGGAAGUCGUUGACUUCAUACGUAGAUCCGGCCUGCAUAUGGUCACGGUAUGGUGGUACUAUGGAUGUUCCAGAAUAUGAAGGACGAUUGGUCGGAGAACUGUUCGCACUGUACCAUAAGGAGUAUGAAGUUGCGAAUUCCUACGGAUAUACUAAAAAAGUGUAAUAUUAGUAUGCAGCUCAAUGUACAUAUUUAUGGAUACUUUAAAAUGCGGUAUGGAUGCCUGUUGAAGGGAAACACAUUUUUUUCUGAUAAGCAUGCGCUAUUCGAUGUGAUAAAAUAUCAUUCCAUGGGACCACCUGAACAAAAAUCAUUGGCUUAAUACUUAAUUUGAUAUAAAUUAUUUGUUUUUAGAUCAUUUGUGUAAAUAAAUAUACUUUUAGAACGACA